AUUGGAGCUAGCUAGCAUUAGCCGCCGGCUCCAGGAGCACGAGCGUCCCUCCCAGAGAGAGAGACCCAGUGUCGCCACCCUCUCCUCCUCCUCUCAUCCGACGAGGGCAGUCUUGGAGGACAGUCCUCUCCUGGUGCAGGGUUCCACACCGGAGCUCAUCUUUAUUCUCCAGCGGAACCACAGACGCGAUAGUAGCCUCCUCUGCUCAGCAUCUGGUUUUUCACGGACCUGGAAAUCAGUCCACCGUACAAAUUGUUUGGACGUCCCCGAACACACUUUCCUAGCCUUUAAGGGGGCUGCUGUUUGUGCCUUGGAUGGCCAGGAACCAAACCAAAGUUUGCUGCAGACAAUCUUAUGUUAGCGUGAGUACAGCAGGUGCUGUUGACUUGGACUCACUUGGGGGUUGAAACAAUGAAAAGUGAACAGCAACGGCCGCCAACUCACCAGCCCCAUGAAACUUAUCCUUCCGUCCAAACUCAAAGAAGCUCUUUGGCGCAGCUGUAGAACACAAUUAUACAGGCGCCACUGGCAGACAAGACACACACACACACACUCUCUUGGCCGCAGGACAGAUGCUGUCCCCGCCCUUCCUCCUCUCGUCCUCUUAAAGCCAGCUGGAAAGAAGAUGAGAUUUGGGCUUGAUUGGUUUUGUCUCCCUCGUACCCUCGCUGAACCUGCUCGGCCGCUGAUGGGGCCUUUCUUCGGUUUUUCUGGAUGACUCAUCUUUCUUUUCAAGUACAUCCAUCAGUCCACUACAUACUGUUAUUGGAAAUUCAAACGACACUUAUUUCAGAUUUGAAUAUCUCUAACCACCGGAUGGUUUGACGAGCGGAGCGACAUCUUGAAAACUCACGAUGGAGGGACUGGACCGAAGAGAAUAAUUUGCAUUGAUUCAAAGUCCAAGAGGAAAGAGUUUCUCAAAUCUAAGGAGAUGAAGGAAUUUCUUUUAGGACCAAUCUCCUCCCUUUUACCACUCCCCCAUCUCUCUCUUUCCCUCCCUCUCUCUACUGUUCUCCUGUAGCCUGCCAGCUUUCUUUGGCUGUGGCGCAUCAGUGCAACAGAAAAAAAAAGCAGAAAAGCGCUUGAGCCUUUUCCUUGAUCAUUUCCGCGGAUGGAAGCGCAAUCGAUGUGGACCUUUUACUUCAGAUGGGCUGGUGAUCUGAAAAAUGGACGGAAUGAAUCUUGAGAAAUGGACAUAACGGGGGGCCACGACAGAGAGACGGGGAAAGUUUAAAGAAGGGCAGCUGAAGAGGCAGGCACGGCUCGCAACGAAAUAAAGGGACUUGAGGCUGAGAAUCCAGAGUGAAUAUAAACUGUAACUGCGAGUGUGUGAUGAGCUGCCGAGGAGAGAGUCCAGAGGGAGAGAGUGUCGCUCAACUGUGAGACUUACGGAGCGUGUCACUUUGUUUUUUCGUCAGUUUGUGAGCGCUUGUGUCGUAGACCUUCUGUUCUUCAGUGACUUCAAUUCUCCUCUCCACGUCUCGGAGGUUGCUUCCGCCGUGAGAGCAGCACAGAGGGAGCUCUACUGGGGACAGUGGCAGGCCCAGUGGUGGGGACAUGGCCGUGGGGGGGCCGCAUCCCGUCCUCCACCCUGAACAGAGACAGACGAUGGGGCUGGGGAUCAUGGGGAGGGGGGCCGUUCCGGGGAGCUCCCAGACUCACGGAGCUCAGGCCCUGGCUCAGCAGAGGAGAGGCUACCGGGGUCCGAGGUAGCAACGGCGCUGGAGGUGGCGGGAUGGCAGGCGGUGCUGAGAAAACUGGAAAGGGUCGAUGCUCCAGGAGAGUCUGGGUCCUCCUGGGCACGCUGGUCCUCAUCUUUCUCACCUCGCUCUUCUUCUCCGUCUCGCUACGAGGCAGCAUCAGCUUCAGCUACCCUGAGCCGCCGGGCUGGGAGGAGUCCAGGCGGGUAAAGCUGGUGCCCAACUAUGCCGGCGCCCACCACCAGUUGCCCACCGACACCCAGACGCAGAGAACAUGUGCCUGCCCUCGCUGCGUCGGGGACCCUGGAGUUUCCGACUGGUUCGACGAGAACUAUGACCCUGAUAUCUCCCCUGUGUGGACCAGAGACAACAUCGAGCUGUCCUCGGAUGUCUACUACUGGUGGGUGAUGUUACAGCCGCAGUUCAAACCACACAGUAUCCAGCAGGUGCUGCUCCGGUUGUUCCAGGUGAUUCCUGGGAGAUCUCCGUACGGCUCCUGGGACGCCGGGCGCUGCCUGCGCUGCGCCGUGGUGGGAAACUCUGGCAACCUGCGCGGCGCUGGAUAUGGAGCGACCAUCGAUGGACACAACUACGUCAUGAGGAUCAACUUGGCCCCCACGGUGGGCUACGAGGAAGACGCCGGCAGCCACACCACACACCACUUCAUGUACCCAGAGAGCGCCAAGAACCUGGCGGCCAACGUCAGCUUCGUCCUGGUUCCCUUCAAGACCCUGGACCUGGUGUGGAUCACCAGCGCGCUGUCCACCGGCCAGAUCCGAUUCACGUACGCUCCGGUGAAGCAGUUUUUGAGGGUCGACAAAGACAAGGUCCAGAUCUUCAACCCAGCGUUCUUCAAAUACAUCCACGACCACUGGACCAGGCACCACGGCCGCUACCCCUCCACAGGGAUGCUGGUUCUCUUCUUCGCCCUGCACGUCUGCGACGAGGUGAAUGUUUUCGGCUUCGGGGCGGACGGUCGAGGAAACUGGCACCACUACUGGGAGCAGAACCGCUACUCCGGGGAGUUCAGGAAGACCGGGGUCCACGACGCCGACUACGAAGCCCAGAUCAUCCAACGCUUGGCUAAAGCUGGGAAAAUAACCGUGUUUCCUGGGAAGUAGUCUUCAGGGACUCCUGCUGUUGAAAGAUCUAAUCCUGUUUGCUGAAGCGCCACCUGGCAUGUGCUGGAGGAUCCGAGUUGUAUGGCAACAUGAUGCAGUGGAAUCAUGUGCUGAGCAGGAAGACAGGAUGAGCCUUCAGAUGUUUGAGACUAAAGACUGGGAGUCAUUUGAAACUGACGUUGUUUCUGGGGGGGGGUCACCAGAAUAGCGCCCCCUUCGGGCGACCCUGACCGGGUCCUACUUACUGACAAUCUUGUUUCCUGGAGACUGUAGGGCCAGAAGUCCAUUUUGUGGGAUUUGGUGUUUGCACGCUGUGUUCUGGACCCUGGGGGUGGGGGGUUUAAUCCUGGCCGAGCUUGUCAGGUUCCAAGUCUCUGACCCAAACACCCUGAGAGUCCAGGAUCUCAUCCGCAUGGCUUUGUCCCAGAUUAGGACUCGUGAUGAAAGGAAGGAAGCGAAAGCGCCCUCUGGGCCUGGGACUGGUUGGACCCGUCAGCACGACCGCUUUAUUAACCACAAGCCCCCGGCGCCCUCUCGGGAGUCUGAGCGAGGGGGAGUCUGACGCCUUAGACUGCAGCUCUUCAUCAAAACCAGUGGCCUAUUUUCAUCUCACCUGCUGAGCACCGUGAAACUUCUCACAUUCAAGGCCGGCUCUGUGAUCUCCACCUUUUUGUUUACGUGGACUUGGAUCCGCUCACAUGCUUCUCCUCCUCUGGUGUCUCUUCUAAUCUGGAUGGUUACAUCUGCAGAUCGCUGAAACAGCACCGUCAUAGCAGGGUGGUGGUCGUGGUGUGUUAGCUCGAAUGCUAACAGUCACGCCAAGUUAUCAGCCCUCCUGACCUUCAGCCGUCUUCUGUUUGUUGUCUGAACAGGGUUGGUUUCCAAGACAGCAGUAAACUCAACAGAAUCAGUGACUCGGAAUUCUCUGCUAAAAGUGUGCGACGAUGAAGAAGGGCCUCCGUCUCCCUCAUGCGUCCACACUCCCGUCUCCGUCCUUAUUGACCUUGUGCAGACGCCAAUGACCCCUGCCACUUCCUGAGAAGCCAUGCUUUCACCUGCCCCGGGUGUCCCCCACCUCUCACCCUGUGUAGCUAGGAUUUCAUCAUGCUAACUUGGAGGGAGUACCGGGUCGACUAAUCCGUCCAGCGUAUCCUGCGUCAUUCAUCGCCCGGACACCUCACCAAAGGGAGCGAUUAAAGAUUUACUCUGGCUUCAGCUGGAUUUUUACUCCCUGAUUUAAUCUGAGAUAUUGCUAGCUAAGUACUGAGUACUGUCACUCACAGGGUAAGAGUGGUCGCCCCAUGACCUCAGGGAAACUCCCGAGUGGCGGCUUGUCAGAUGGCAAAUUGCUACAAAUUUCCCAGUGACAAUACAAGCAGACUUCAGCUUCAGAAAUACGUAUUAAAUACAAAGUCUAAUAUACAGAGAUCAGGGCUUGGAAGGGAGGCUUUGCCCUCAGGGGUUGAGAGCUUGAAGGGUGUCAGGGAAAAGGGGCAAGAGAUUGACAGACAGGCAGUGCUGUGAGGCUCUUGAUAUAUCGGCCAUAUAUCGGUUCUGUCUCUCACCGAAAGGAAACAAUGAGCCUUCUCCGGAGGGUGUCUGGCCUCAGUCUUCAGGGAUGAGGUCAAAGUAGGUCCGGGUGAGGUGUUUCAACACUCCCGGACGUCUCUAAGGCAAGGUGUUUCGGGCAUGUCUGUGAGGGAGGAGGCCAUGGGGCAGACAUGUUGGAGAGAUGAUAUCUCCAAGCUGGCGUGAGAACACCUUGGAAUCCUACCAGGAGGCGCUGGUGGAAGCAGCUGGAGAGAGAUGAGGCUGUGGACUUUCCUGUUAGAAAGGUAGAACGGUUUAUUUUGAAACUGUCCGCCAAGGUGCUCAUGCCUUGACUGGUGAUUCGCAGGGUGUCAGAAGCGGAGUGGCAAUUUAAAAAGCCAUUUAGAAACUCAUCUAAAUAGAGGCGACUACUGUGGAGCAGACUCGCCAAUGUUUCAAGGGUCCUAAAAAAAUAGGAGUUUACUGCUGUCUUGAACUGAAUAACAGUAGAGCCACCAGACAAGCUGUGUUCAGAAACUGCUAAUAUUUAGGUCAUUGCUGUGACGCGUGCGAGGUACUGUGCGUGUCAACGCCGCGAAUAUCACCCAUAUAUAACUUACGUUUUAUUAAGAGUCGAACUGUAUAGACAAAAAACAUCCAGUCAAAGAAGAGUGGUGCUUCGGUGUGGUGACUUUGACGAUGUCACCCCAGCUGACCUUGAGAAAGUGCGACAGAUGAAGCCGAAUUCAUGUCCUAAAAAAGAGCGGUUUGCGGAGUGGAAUGAGCCGCUUCCACCUGCUCACUGUCGAAAGGAAAUGAGAUUAUUGAUCUUCCCGUCGUUCUCUUUACGAGCCGCUUCCCAAAAGCAUUUGUCUGCAGAAGGUCGCGCUGAGUUAUUUACAUUUUAACAAGGAGAAGUCGCCCACGGCGCUGAGGGGGGGGAAAGUUCGGAACCAACCUUGAAAUUAACUCUCGUUUUUGACGUGAAUUUACCGCCACUGUUGAGCACCGCUAAAUAUCCGAACCCAUCUGACAGACCCAUGUGUGCUACAUGUUCUUCAACUUCACUUUGUGAAGGUAAACUGCCUGCGGGGGCUGCACCGCCCCCUGCAGACUGUGUGAGGAACCGUGCCUCCUCUGCCGCAGCUUCUGUAGAAGAACAUUUCUGCUGAACUUCUACCUUGUUUCUGUGUUGAGCUGGACUCAUUAUCGGCCUCAUACUUUCAUGCUUCCGUGCCUUGUCGUGCUGCGGGAUGUUUCCCGCCAACACACUCCUGCUGGCUCCACAUCUUCCUGCCGCACGCGCACACACACACACACGCUAGUGAGAGCGGUGCCUUCUGAGCUGCACACACACACACAUUCUCUCUGUGUCUCUGCCUUCUCCUCAUAAUGUACAUGUUUUCUAAACUAUCGCUCCAGUUUCAUAUCUUUGCGUAGAUAACUGUGUUGAACGACUGUCCCGACGUGAACUCUGCUGCAGACUGGAACGGCGAGGACCCGGGUGUACCCGAAAGUAGGUCUGCCGCUGACCCCUGAACCCCCCUGCUGACGUGGUUCUGAAUAUAGAAGCGGCCCUUUAUGUCACCAGAUGAGCUGGAUUUAAUGGUGCUUGGGACUCAAAGACCAAGUCAGAGGCUUUUCUAAAGCUGGGUGGUGUUCCUCAAGGGUCAAUUGAUGGUCCAGUAUACUUCUUGAACUGGAUAUUUAAAAUAUUAAACAAUCAAAAACGUCCUUUUAUUUGUCUAAAAUUGUAUUUGAUGUGUUUCCAGGAGUAAAUAAACCCAUUUUCAAGUGUUUUCCCAUAUUUGAGUUCACAGAGUUACAGUGGCAGCUUUUCCAGCUGGAACAAACGUAGCUCACGGAUACGGAUCCGGGGGGAAAGAGCAGCUGCUGCCUCUGCAAGUGCAGUGUGGUCUCCAGCAGCUUCACUGGUCUGCAGCAGAGGAACAGUGAGUCAGCAGAUUUCAACCUUCCAGUACGUGAAGGUCAAAACGCAGCUCACGCACACGUAACGGAUGUCUUGGUUCUGUCGGAAUGAUCCGUGUGUUUUAAUGUCUCGGCCUUCAGAAGAACCUCGGUGGUCUUUGUAUCUUAUGAUGUACAAAUAAAACAUGCUAAAACAAGAAGCUGCGUGUGUUUGAUG